UGAUAGCGUUUCAACAGAGUGCAAUGCCACAGCGACAGGUGAAGAAACCCAACCGUCAGGGAAACCUCCAAGUCAUUUACAGGAUAUCCCGCCGACAGCCAGACGCCUCGGUGAAAUUUUGGAGGACUAAAAUCGGUUUAUACGAUUUAUAAAGCGAGUUUUGACCCCACGUUAUUCUGUGAACUCAAAAGGGACGCGCGCGUAAACCUGAAGUUUUUGUACUCGCCGAAUCGAUCAAGGGAACCAGAGCUUGCUCGUAGCAGUUUUAUCUCAAGUGAUUGUCAGUGGACUGUUUCGGUUGAUUUAUCGCGAUCCUAAGCUGACUGAGUUAACAAACGGACAACAGACAAAUUGUUGAAGGCAAGACGGACUGUCCACCUUUCUCCUCGAAGAACAUGUCAAGACUGUGUAGCGCACUCUUUCUCCUAUUUGUUCAAGGGUCAUUGGCUCAGCGAGUUAGGGUGGAGCCAGAAGUUGUGUCAUAUCCAGGUCAGACGGUGACACUGCGGUGCCAGUUUCCAAACCCGGGUGGGACCCAGCUCACUCAGGUGUCAUGGAUCUUAGAACCCACCGAAGGAGAGCGAACCAACAUUGCAGUUUUCCAUCCAAAUUUUGGGGUCAGUUACCCAACCCUAUCCCCUCUUGCAGGACGUGUCAGUUUUUUGUCAAACUCUCCUUCUCUGGACAAUCCAUCCAUUCAAAUAAGAGAUGUGAAAAUGACUGACGAGGGCCGAUACAUCUGCGAAUAUGCCACCUACCCUUCCGGCAAUGAACAGGGUGUCUCUUCACUGAUCAUGCUGGCUAAACCAAGGAACAUGGCUACUACCAUCACAGUUCAAGCUGGCAAUACCCCGGUCAUCGUGGCACGCUGUGAAUCUUCCAAUGGCCGUCCAGCAGCGACCAUUUCUUGGACCACAGCGGUUAAUGGAAACGUGACAACACCGUUGAAGACGGACAAUUCAGAUAACACGGUCUCCGUCCAGAGCGAGUACAUGUUGAUACCACAGCCCUCGGAUAACGGCAAAGACAUCAGCUGCGUGGUGUCACAUCGAACCAUGACCCAACCUGAGACCUUCCCAAUGAAGCUUACUGUUGAAUAUCCUCCCCAGGUACAGAUCGUAGGUUAUGAUAACAACUGGUACAAGGGUCGGACAAGUGCGUUUUUGACUUGUCAAGCUGAUGGAAACCCCGUCCCCACCACUGUCACCUGGAGAACUUUGUCAGGACCGAUGCCUGACACUGUGCAGGUGCAGGAGAAUCGUCUUGCCGUGGUGAAGGUUGACGACAGCAUCAACACCAGCUUCAUCUGUGAGGUCAGGAACAGUCUGGGAAUGGGCAGAGAUCAGGUCACCGUCUUUGUAAGAGAACAAUCUCCUCCCCCCUCAAAUGCGGGUGUGAUCGCGGGCGUGAUCUUCGCGUGUGUCCUGGCCAUCUUACUGAUCAGUGGCUUGACCUUCUACCUGGUUAACCAUAACCGCCGCCAACAACAUGGAUACCGCGGCACCGGCAAGCCAACUGGUACUCCCUAUGACUCCUUUACUCGCCUCUUCGGCUCUGCUAAAUCCAGCAAAAAUGGCACCGGAAACACUGGAAACAACAACACGCCAAUAUACAGAGGAGAGGUGGGACUUAACGAGAAAGCGCCCAAUCAGGGCAUGCAUCCAGGGGGCGUGACUCUGCUUGAGACUACACAUACUCACACAGCAGAGGAUAUCCUGCUUAGUAGAGACAUCGACGAGGUAGAAAGGAAGAAAUUCGAUGAACUGAUGGAAGAGGAUGAGCGAUACGAUCAUUUCACCGGAGGUGGACCCAUCCUACAGCUCCGCCCACAUGACGAUGACAUCGAUGAUGAUAUGGAGUCCCAGAGGGACGGCUCUGUGAUCUCACGGACUGCUGUCUAUGUGUAAGAGGAGAGGAGAGAGAGGUUCUGUGCUGGUGAGCGAUGGGACUGAAUAAAGAAAGAUUGCGAAAGAGCACUGGACCGCUUCCAAAAAGAAUGCUUUUCUUCCUCUUAAAGAAUAUUCAUUUUAAUGUUAAAACAAAUUAUGGCAUCAAACACCAUGAGAGAAAGGAUUAAUGGAUGGAUUUAAUUAACGAAUGGAUGAAUUAAUACCUGGGGAUAUAGCACAGAUUAAAGCAGGAUCGGGUAAAGGAAAUAGAGACUACUAAAUGCAUAACUGUCAGGCUUCCAAUUCCUAACUAUUGCUCUGGUUGCCAUGGUGACACAUUCUGAGAGAACAUUAAUACAAAACUUCAAAUGUUGACACUGCAUAAUAUUUAUGAAAUGAACACAUGAAUUUGUAAGUAAUUCCACUGUACUGCUUGUUAUGUAAUCACAAUUUUAAUGAAUCUAUUGAUCAUGAUUUAAGGACGUAAGACUUGAUUCACUCAACACAGUUGAGUUUGGUUAGAGCACACUCAUUCGGCCUCUUCCCUACAUUUCUUGCUCUUUCUCGGCACGAGUUGUGGAAGUUGUUGUGUAUUUGUGUAGAUUUUGAAGGAGUCAAAGAUGGAUGGUGCUUUUUAUCUGUUACACCCUAAAUCAAUCAUACUGCUAUUUUCCUGUCUAAUAUUGGACUGUGACCUUCCUUCCUGUAAUUCACCCUCACACUCAUCCAUUUUGAGAUAAAGUGUACAGUUCACUCUGAGCCACUCAUUAUACUGCACUCAAUUGCUGAAUCACGUGACCUGAAUCACAAGUGAAUCAUUUGGUUCUGAGGCUAAUCAAAUCAAAUGUUGAUGCAUGAUGUGUUCGUUUUCACCCUCAAUCCGUUUUAUCAGGAAAACGAUGUUCUAGAUGUGUUCAAGGCAGCGUGAGUGUGUUUAAGUGAUGAAAGGUUAUUCCUGCACAUUUAUUAUUUCCUUAUGCAUUGGAUAAGGAUUGUUUUGAUUAACCAUAUCGCUGUAAGAAUAAAAACAAGGCAUGUCAGGGUUUAAAUGUCACAUUGUAGGAAAGAUUUAAUACGUCCAAGUAAAUAUGUUACAAUUAUAGAAUGCUGAAAAAAAAAAAAAGACAUUUUCUUGGCAGGCUUUUUGAGAUUCACACAUAUUGUAAAGUAAUCUGAUAAAAAAAAGAAAAGAUGUCUAGAUAUUUUAACUUAAUAACUUAGUUAACAAAACAAAAAUACUGUUUAAGAUCUGUUUUUGCAGUGUUAAUUACUAAAGUGAUAUUGAAUCCAUUUAUGUACAUCUAGCAAAUCCAUAGUUAUAACUACACUCCACGUCCAGGGUGGUUACCGUGGUCACAUGGCUAAAUAUACCUCUCCUCUAACAGCACAGUUACGCAUCACUUACUCAGUAAUUUCCUUGUUUUAGUGUUGUUCCUCUCAGAUAGGUGAAAUUCACUACCUAGCAGGGGGGAUAUUAAAUGAAGGUUGUGUUUAUAGUUCGAUUUGAUUGUAAACUACUGUAUGUACACAUUUUAUUUUUCUUACAAAUGAAAACAUUUCUAUAAUUCUAAAUGUUAUAGAUACGGAGACGGGGCGAAAUGGAUAUCCACGUAGAAUGUUGCGCAUGUCAUCCACGGCUCAGUGUGUAUCAAUAAGGCGGCUUGAUAUAUAAGAGCACAUAUCACAUAAUUAUAUCAGUAAUCAAGUGUCGACUGUACUAGUUUCACCUGUUCUAAACAAAGGGUUUUUUAUACACUUUCACAUGGUAAGGCUCUCUAUCUUGUGUGUGUGUUAAGUGGUGUCUGACUCUAGGGCAGAGUUAUUCCUCUACUCUCUCAGGGUCUCAUACACACGUACACAGUAUGAUUUAAACUGGACAUCUCACACACACACACAUACACAGUCUCUAAAUCAUUUGUCAGGCCAGCUGCCCUUGAGUCUAUAAGUGUCCCUCUCUGUUUCUGACCAUGAGAGGGCACACAGGGUACUCUAGUGUUGUUUUCCUGGGCUGUUGUCUUGAUUCAGUUGCCCUAUUAAGGCGACAUCUGGUUCAAUGCCAUUUAAAAGAGUUGUUCUCCUCUUUGAAAAGGUGGUCAGUCUGAAACGGGUCAAUUCAGCCUCAACCCUGAUGCAAUGACGCUCUGAUCUGCCGCCAGCCCAGCAGUGUGACUAGCACUGAAUAGGCCAGGCAUUAACACAGCCUAGUUUACAUCCUGAUUGAAAAGUCAGACUGCAAUCUGUCCUUUCAUGUGACUGUGAGAGUAGAGGAAGUGAUGUCGUCACUCGUGCUCAGAGAGGCAGAGCGUUUUAGCUCCUCAUUAGAUGAGAACACUCUGACCUUCCAGCUCGCCAUCUCCACCAGGAGUUCGGUAAUGAAGGAAUUGAUGCCUUGAGAAUAUUAAGGAAGUCACCUCUAUGGUGGAAGUUUAAGUAGAAGACAAGUGAACGACAAGAGUGUGAAAUCUUAAAGGGACAGUUCACCCUGGAAAUUCUUUCAUUGUUUACUCGCCCUCAUAUCGUUCUAAACCUGCAUGGCUUUCUUUGCUCCUUGUACGCAAAAUGUUUUUUAAACAGAAUGCGUUUUUUAUUUAUUUUUUUUCCAUACAAUGAAAAUGAAUGGUGAUCUAGGCGGUUAUUCUGCCUAUCAUCUCCUUUGGUUUUUCAUGGAAGAAAAAACAAACCGGUUUGGGACAACAUGAGGGCGAGUAAAUGAUGCCAAAAUGUUCAUUUUAGGUGAACUCUCUUUAAAUAUAGGACGUUACAGUUUCCUUAAUGUCGUUGUCUGUCAUUUUCUGGCUUAGAUGUUUUUAAAUUCUUACAUGCACACAUACAUUUAAAGCCUUAAUAUCACCUGUCAUAAACCAUCCCUCCUGUGUAUAUAAUAUAAAUAUAUAAACAAGUGAAACAAACAGUGAAGUCACUUCCUUGUGUAUGGAUAUGUCAGUACUGUGAGCAUGGAUGCAUAGUUUUGUUUUAAUAUCAGUUAAUUUAACUGUUUCUUUAAAGAAAUAUAUUUUGUUGAACUAUCUGUGCUUUAAUUGUUUUUACUCUUGAGUGAUUUAUUGAUGCCUGUAAUGUGUUUGUGCUGUAAACUGUUGAGCAGUGCUUUCUAAUGCACACAGAAACACAUCUGUACUAAAUGCUUAUCCACAUUGCAUUGCUUUUAAGUUUUGUUUUUCUUGUCUGAAAAUGUUUUUGAGUUAGUCUUUGUAAUUUUGUCCUUUUUUUAUUUGGUUGCUAUUAUUAAAGUCUUACUGAUAUUUGACAAUGAUCUUGGUAUGUGCUGAAUGUUCUACAGCUCCAAUAAAUCCCACAUGCUUUGUUUCCCUGCAGUCUUUUCGGUCUGGGUUUUUUGGUUGUGAAUGGUGACUGAAUGCUCAGUUAGCUGUGUAUGUGUCAGUCUUGAUAAGUCACCUGUCACAGCUAACACUGCAGACUGAAAUGGAGCUAAAUGGGCUAUGCAAGAGAGUGAGUUGCAUACAUGUAAAUGUAAAAACUUCUUGCUCAUUGUAAAGCAAAAUAUGCAGGUGUGACUGCUAAAGCACAUGACUUUCAAUUUAAUAUUUUUGCUAUGUUGCAGUUUGAAUCUUUAUUUGUUUUGUCUGUGCUUUCAGACAUAUCCCUGUAUCAACGUAUUUAAAACAACAGUGCACUUUCAGAGUUGUUGCUUUAGCAAGGUAAUUAAAAAUAUCUAAAAAAUAACAUGACUAAACAUUUUCAGAAGUGUAACUGUGUAAAUAAAAGCCAUGUGACAAAAAAAUAGCACUUUCAGAAGUGUUGCUGUAACUGCACAAAUAAUAAACUAACUAAUUAAAGUUUUGCUGUAAUGGUGUAAUUAAAAAACGAUGUAACUAAAAUUGUUCAUGUUCAGAUGUUUGUUACAGUAACUGCGUGAAGAAACAAACUAAAUAAAAAAGGUAAACUUUCAGAGGUGUCAUUGUAAUGUCAUAAGUUAAAAACUAUGUAACUAAAAUAGUGCAUUUUCAGAAGUGUCAUUGUAACUACGUAAAUAAUAAAAAAACGAAUAAAGGUAAACUUUCACUAGUGUAUCUGCAUUAAUUACAAAAAAAGCGACAUUAUUAUUAUGAUUUUAUUAUUAUUUUAUCCCCUUUUCUUCCAAUUUGGAAUGCCCAAUUCCCACUUCUUAGUAGGUCCUCGUGGUGGCCCGGUUACUCACCUCAAUCCGAGAGGCGGAGAACAAGUCUCAGUUGCCUUCAUUUCUGAGACAGUCAAUCCACGCAUCUUAUCACGUGGCUCGUUGU